AACAAAUUUCCUUGGUAUAAAUUACUUAAACAAUUUUGUCAGGAAGUCAAUAUUAAAGGUGAUAUUAAAGAUAUAACAAAUGAAAAACAAUCGGAAUUAGAAUUAUACAGUUUCUUAUUGCACAAGGACUUAAACUUGGCUGAAAUUUUAUUUGAUAAGAAUAAAUAUCCAAAAUUAUGGCAGAUUUUUCCUGAAAUAAAGCUUGAAUCAGAAAUUCGUGCUGCCUGA